AUGCCACCCCGCAAAUCGAAGAAAAAGCAGACGCGGCUUGCCUUUGCUACUUCAACCGCUACACCCCCAGCGGAUGUGAGCCCGGAGCAAGACAACCGAUACGCAACACUCACAUACGACAACCCAAGCUUGGGUACAUACCGUCCUACAAAGACUUCCAAAAGCAAGCCGGAGAAUUCACUCGACAAGAAACGGCCGAAGCUCCCCACCAAGACGAGGUCCAAUGAUAAACCCGCAAAAUCUCAAUCGGACAAUGAAUCCCUAGACGAAGCUAUCGCCCCCGCCCGCCAGAAGAGAAAGCAAGCCGCGCCACCUGAUAACCUCGAUGUGUUGAUCCACAACCCACCAAAGCUUGAUAACCUCCAAGACGCGAGGAAAUCCCGCACCAGGAAAUCACAGCGAUCCUUACAAUUCUCAGAUAAACAGACUAAGAACGCAAAUGGUUCUGAUUCGGAGGAGCUAUCCCGGCCGCACCGAACACUCAAGCGAAAGGCCGCAAGCCCGCCGAUUGAUCCCAGUGACUCAGAUGAGCCAGUGGCCUCUUCAGUCGCCAAACGGCGCAGGUCUACCCGAGGUGACAAUUCUUCAAGCUCACCUGUUAUACUCAGCGACGACGAUUCAAACGAUUCAGUAGCUCCUUUGACCGCCAAGAGGCGCAGGGUAGCAAGGCCAGCUGCCGUGUCCAAAAGUGACGACAAUGACUCGGAUGAACCAUUGGCCUCCUCGCCAAUAAAGAGACUCCGACGUGGACAGGAGAAAGAGACUCCCCAGUCUCCCCCACCCCCCCGCCACAUCUCGAAACAGGCCAAACUUGAUAUUGCAGAGGAUUUGGAGGACCUUCAGGAUUCAGUUGUUAAGAAAAGUCGAACUCGCGGCCGGAAUGUCGAAUCUGCCCGAGACAGGAGAAUGAAGCAUCUUGAAGCUCUCCGUCGCAGACGGGCUGGUGUGAAAGAUGAAGAGGAGAGUGACGAAGAAGAAGAUGAUGAUGAUGAAGACCAAGAGGAUUCAGAUGUGCAGGAGAUUAAACGACCCGGCAGCCAUGCCAGUCCCUCUAGUCGUGGUCUCUGGCGGCAUAACGACGAUGACAGCGACAUAGAAUCAGCCAUCGACCCCAACGAGAACCUUGAUCGGUACGAGGAUGACUUUGUCCUUGACGACGAGACCAACGACCUCGGUGUGCCCACCGAAGAGAUUCCCUUCGAAUUCACCCGACAUGCAUAUAAGCAGCCGAAGGAAUACUUCCGCGACGUUAUCGGCUGGAUGGUGCAAAACAAGCUAAACCCGGCCUUCCCUCGCUCUGACGACAUGUACAAGAUGGCCUUCAUGAAACUGGAAGAUGAAGUCAAGGGUCGGGCUGGUUCACAGCUAAUCUCCUCAGUUUGGAACUCCAGUUUCGUCUAUGCCCUCCAGGCCCGACCACACAUUGAAAUCGCUGCCUUCCCCACAGAGGAGAACCAUCCCUGUGAUGCCUGCAGGCGCUCUGGCCAUCCAGCUUCCAGUGAUAUAAAGCUCUACGGGAAAGCAUAUUCCCUACAGACGCUAGAGCCACUGGAAGAUGAGAAUGAUGACAGCAAUGACAGUGAUGAGGAUUCUAAGGACAACGAUGGAAAGGAGCGGGACCGGGAUGGCCAUGUCAUUCCUCCCGAGAAUGUCCGGUAUUUCCUAGGAAAGCAAUGCAAGGCGAGAGCCCAGCUCGCCCACACCCUCACCCACUGGCGCUACCAUCUCAAUGAAUGGGUCAUCGACUUCCUCGAGCGUACGGGCCACAUGGACGACGACGAGAUCCUCCGACGGAAUGAUUUGAGCGUCAAGCAGAAGACCCGAAAUGCAAACGAUGUUCUCGAUAGCAUGACUGGAACUGGUGAAGUCGAUAAUCUUUGGCGGGACUUCCACAUUAAUCUUAAGUCUGCUCGCGAGAAAGAGUCCAUCUACGGAUGA